AUCUUUUUCUCACUAGCCAGAAUUGCUAAUCAUUGAGGUUAGGGGAAACGUUUCUGAAAUGCUUUGAAGCUCCGGCAAAACGCGAGAUUAGUUUUUGUAAAGAAUUUGGAAAGCCUCGCCUCCAUGUCGAGCGGUACCUGCGCGAAUUACACAAAUUACAAAAAAUGACACCGACUGCCCACGUCCAAGUACUGUCGCAAUACCUGCAACUUGCUCCUCACCUAGAAAUACCAGCAGAACACCCUUUCGCUCGGCCGGUUCUCCGACACCCAGACUUUUCACCUAACAACAUCUUGGUUAAUUCGGACAACGAAAUAGUAGGAGUUAUUGAUUGGCAACAUGCAGCCGUUUUACCUCUCGGUUUAUGCGCAAACAUACCAUCUUACUUCCAGAACUGGGGUGACCCCGUGUCAGAAAGACUUGCAACACCUAUGGUUAAACGACCUGAGAAUUUCGAUACAUUGAGUGAGGCUGAACAGGAAUCUAUAAAGGAAACUAUGCGGAAACAGAUAGCCCACUUUUACUAUGCUGCUUUGACAAUGAAGCAACUACCUGACCAUUUUGACGCGUUGCGAAAUUAUAACUCAAUGCUUCGAGCAAAGCUUUUCACCUUAGCUGGGGCUCCCUGGGAAGGGGAUACAUUAUCCCUCAAACACGCAAUAAUUGAAGCAUACCAGAAAUGGCCAAUUCCUCUUGAAAAGUCAUCAUACCCAAAUGUGGUUAACUGCCCUGUCCAAUUUACCCGGGAAGAAAUUCUCAAAUGUGUGACAGACUUUGCGCAGGAACAAGAAAAGCUACAAGAGUUUACGGAAAUGAAGGCUUGCGCGAAUGUCGACUCAGUGGGGUGGGUUCCCGAUGAUGAGCACCUUGAAAAGUCAAGGGAUAUUGCACGAAUCAUCAAGGCAGGGCUUCUAGAGCAUUCUACCACUGAACUGGAGCGAGAAGCCAUUAGAAAUCAUUUUCCUUUCGAUGAUCAUGAUGAGGAUCUCUGAACCCUGAAACAAUAUUCCCAUUUCGUGGAAAAACUAGAGGGAGAAGCACUCCAAAGGAACCCAUGCCAUCGUAACGGCAAUGGAAGUGCAGGAAGCCUUGGAAGCCGCUAAACAUGGAAUUGCCGACUAGUUCGAGGAGAAACGACCACUAUCAAUGACCACUAUUCUGUUAUCUCUCUCUUUGUCUGCCUGGAUAUUCGGAGUAAGGACGAACUCGGGCGCCUUCUUCCAAACAAAUAGUUGCCGAUACCUAAGAGUAUAUGCGGCCAAUACUGAUCAACUAUAAGAACACCCGCCAAGUAUAGCAGACUUCCUUUUAAUAAGAUAUAAAUGUAUGCUACAUUAGUAAUUGCAUGAACUAAGGAACUCGUCCGUAGCCAAGAGGAUGCAAAUCUCCAGAAUGCUGCAUGGUGGGAACAGGCGUAGGAGCCACAUUUCCUCACCGCGAAAUGACUGAUGGUUACAAAUCAACUUGAGUUUUCUAUCGACAUGAAUCUUCCACCACGUCCAGUCUUUUCCUGCAGUUGAGUCUCCAAGGAGUCGAGUUCAGACUGCAUAGCUGAGAAAUCAUCCAGAUGUGCCCGGCUAUUUUCGAAAUCAAUCAACUUUGCAGUCCCUCUGCGAAUAAUGAAAUUGUACUUGUUGACAU